AGCUACAAAAGCGUGAUAUAAUUUUUAAUAUUUCUCACAUAAAUUAGUAAAUAAUUUAUCAUGAGAAUCACAAGCUUAUUGCUGAAGCCCAAAGCCUCAGAAGUUCUUACAGCUUAUCUCAAACAAUGCAAUGAACCACCAUGGACAUCUUAUUUUGUUAAGUUGAAAGAUGUACAAAACGACCAAUACGGACGUUCCCACUUCAAUUGGACACUAGAUACCGGAACUAAUUAUCAUAUCCUGCGAACUGGUUGCUAUCCCUACUUGAAAUACCAUUGCAGUAAAAGAGAAUACCAGGAUCUAACGAUUGAAGAUAAAUUCUUUAGGUUUCUUAAGAUUGUAAAUUUUGGUCUUCCAAUGUUGUUCUAUGGUUUAGCUGCGAUCCGUUUGAUAAGUCACACGGAAGUUGUUGAUGUUAAUGAAAAAACUAAAGUACCAAUAUAUUUUCUAUACGAAGAGGACAAAGGUUCACGUUUUUAAAUAAAUGGUAUAUUGUUGAAGGUAUUUUUAUUUCUCCUCUUCUUUUCAAUUAGCUUAUUCAUAUUAGUUAGUUAUUUAUUUUAAUUGAAUUUUUAAAAAUAAAAACUUAAUGUGCUAAAUGAA